AUGGCGUGUCUGUGGCACAUGCCGCAGCACGGCUCCAAGUUUGCCGCUCUAUUCAGAGAGCGGGACACCGUGUUCGGGUUGUCAGCUCUGUUGGUCCGCUACAACAGCACCAAGACUGCUCCACACAUAAACGGGAUGGAGUACCAGGAUGCCGUCUGCACCCUGAACACGCUGCAGACCAACGCCAGCGCUCUGGAGCAGGUCCGGCGGGAGAGAGGCCAGCCUCAGCUGCAGAUGCAGGCCAUGAGGGGGUUUCUGGAGCGAGCCGGACUCACAGUGGAGGAGCUGGACCAUCUGAACAUCAUCCAUGUCACGGGGACAAAGGGCAAGGGCUCGACGUGUGCCUUCACCGAACAGAUCCUGAGGAAUUAUGGCUUCAGAACCGGAUUCUACAGUUCUCCACACCUGGUCCAGGUCAGGGAGCGGAUCCGGAUCAACGGGCAGCGCAUCAGCAAAGACCUCUUCACCAAAUACUUCUGGCAGGUCUAUGGACGGCUGGACGAGACCAAGGAGGCCCACGGGGGGACCAUGCCGGCGUAUUUUCGCUUCCUCACCAUCCUGGCCUUUCAUGUCUUCCUGAAUGAGAAGGUGGAUUUAGCGGUGAUAGAGGUGGGGAUUGGAGGAGAGUACGACUGCACCAACAUCAUACGGAGGCCAUGGGUCUGUGGUGUCUCCUCUCUGGGCAUCGAUCACACUCAGAUCCUCGGAGACACCAUCGAAAAGAUCGCCUGGCAGAAAGGAGGAAUCUUCAAGCCCGGGGUUCCUGCCUUCACCGUCCGGCAGCCUGAAGAUGCCAUGUCUGUCCUCAGAGACCGGGCCAGAGAGAUCGGGUGUCCUCUGUGGGUGUGUCCUGAGCUGGACCAGUAUCGGAUGGACUCUGGUCCUUUGAGUCUGGGCCUGGCAGGUCAGCACCAGCGCUCCAACGCCUCCCUGGCCCUGCAGCUGAGUCACACCUGGCUGCAGAGACGAUGUGGACCAGAGAAAAGUUCUCCUGUGUCUGACCCGGAGAACUUCAGUGCGUCUCAUGUGGCCUCCUUCAAACCUGAAUCCUUCAUGGUGAAAGGGCUGGAGGACACCAAGUGGCCCGGCAGGACCCAGACUCUGAGACACGGCGCCGUGACCUACUUCCUGGAUGGAGCUCACACCAUGAGGAGCAUGCAGGCCUGCGUCCAGUGGUUCAGAGAGGCCGCAGCCCAGCACGAGAAGAAGGCCAGUGGACCUGUGGCCCGGGUGUUGCUGUUUAACGCCACAGGAGAGCGUGACUCGGCGGUGAUGCUCAAACUGCUGCAGCCGUUCCAUUUUGACUUUGCCGUCUUCUGCCCCAACAUCACCGAAUCCAUCGCCUCCUGCAAUGCAGACCAGCAGAACUUCAACGUGUCUGUGGAGAACAUGCUGACCCGUUGCCUGGACAACGAGAGGAGCUGGCAUCUCCACAACAAGCGAGGAGACAACGACGAUGAGGAGGAGGCGGCGGCGCUGCUCAUCGGCCUGCCGCUGGUUCCUGAGAGGAAGGCCGACACGCUGGUGUUCCCCUGCAUCCUCAGUGCCCUCCAGUGGGUCACCCAGGGCCGGGAUCCAGUUCUGACCAGCCUGGAUAAGGCGGUUCUGCCUGUUAAACCCAGCUUUGUCGCCAAAGCCGCUCCUUUGAGUGAAGCGGUCGAGAUCCACGUUCUGGUGACGGGAAGCCUGCACCUGGUGGGAGGAGUCCUCAAGCACCUGGACCCAGAGUUUUCUGAGUAAACGGGUCGGGUCAUUUGGACCAUUGGUGCCAUCCACCCAACAGGGCGGGGACUAUUUCUGUACAGGUGGUGGUUUUUGGACCUGAACUGACCUGAACUGAUGCUGUAGUUUGGCCUCAGGGAGCAGCGGUCGGGCUUCUCUCUGGCUUGCGGGUCGGUCCAAACCUGAAAUAUCAGAUUAUCG